AUGAGGCACUACGUGCUGUUCAACCCCUUGAAGCCUGAGGACCUUUCAUUAAUUAAGGAGCUCACCAGGAAAGAAAUCGCCCAAGUGUGGAAUAGUACGUGCAGAUACAUCAGAAGGCAGCUGUUGCAGAAGAAGGCGGUGAAUAUUGGAAUCGGGACAUUUGCCGUUGUGUCAGCGAAGACCACUGGUGCGGAUGGCAAGGCUAUGGUUGUCCGGAAACCCAUAUUCAAGCCCUGCAGGUUCAUGAAGAUAUUUUACAAGCUCAAGUGUGCUGAGAGCAGAAUUCCUAGACUGACAUUGUUCCUUCAUGGUUGUUUUCUAGUCGAGACAUUCAUUGAUCCGCUGGACAUUGAGAAAAUUGCCGCACACAUCUACUUCCGACCACAAAUAGUAGAGCAGUGCAUCCACGAGACCCUGCUUCUCUACGCUGGUGGCCUCUUGGACAACCAGGAUGUGGAAUUCUUCUUCAAGGGCAUUGGCAUUCUUACUGUGCGAAGAAGAGUGGUCACCAUGAACUAUUACACUGAUUUCCUGCUGGACGUGGAUGACACACGCAAUAUGCGUGAAGCUCUUCUCACGAACUCCAAGAUGAUGGAUAUGCUUGCCUUCAACGGCAAAAACAGAUAUACUCGCAUCAGUGGAAAUACGUUCCUCACACUACCAACGUGA